AUGGCCCCACUUUAUUCCAUGGCUGGUGAUACUGUUCCAAAACUCGCAGUUCUUAUCGACGCGGACAAUGCGCGUUUCUCUAUAAUCCAUCAUCUCCUCGCUGAAGUCGCAAAAUACGGCACAGUCCAUGCGAAACGAGCGUAUGGAGACUGGAGUAGUCCCUGUCUCAAGGGCUGGAAGGACGAACUCCUUCAGCAUUCAAUUCAGCCAAUCCAGCAGUUCGCGUAUACUCAUGGCAAGAACUCAACCGACUCAGCUAUGAUCAUAGACGCGAUGGACCUUCUCUACUCCAACCGCUAUGAUGGUUUUUGCCUUGUCUCCAGCGACAGUGACUUCACCCGGCUAGCCGCUCGUAUACGUGAGUCAGGACUCGUGGUAUACGGGCUCGGGGAGUACAAGACGCCCAAGCCCUUCGUCGCCGCCUGCGAUAAAUUCAUCUACACUGAAAACCUCGUGCAUCUUGAUGAGCUUGUCCCGCAUGCCGAUAGUAUUAUCUCGUCUCGGAAUUCUUUGUCGGUUAAGGAAGCUCAGAAUGAUGAACACUUAGAAAGUCAGUUACGAACAUCGGUAGAAGCAGCUUCCGAUGAUGAUGGAUGGGCUAGGCUCUCCGAUGUCGGUCAGCUUCUUACCAAGAGAUAUCCAGACUUCGACUCUCGUAGUUACGGGUAUCAUAAGCUCAGCGAUUUGAUUACCGCUUCUUCUGUAUUUGAAAUCAGCCGCCGAUCUCGUCGGAAGAAAUCCUCUACCCAGGUUUAUGUACGUGAUAGACGCCGGAAGUCUAAGGGAUGUACUGAAUAA